UGAAGGAGUGUUGAGUGUUUCUGAACUUUCUGAAGAAGCCGUCGAAGCCGAAAGCCGAGCCGACGCCCCACGGUAGCACGGAACAGACUAUGUAUAUUAUGCAUGCCCAGAUUGCCCAGAGAACGCCGAGUUCAGUCAUCAUCAUCAGUGUGCGACUGUGCGUUCAUUAUUGCUAGCUGUAGCUGUAGCUGUCUAGCUUCUACAUAAACUGAUGUCUGAUUGUGAAAAGGACUGUGGGCUCGUACGCGGAACACCAGCUAGAGUCAUGGAUUCGGAUGCAUCACAUAAUAUCACGAACUACUCAGUGCCCGAUGAAGUUGGUGAAAGGGAUGAGCGGGGUGAAAGCAUUGGGAGUGUUCCCUCCAACGUGGAAGCAAAUAUUGAGACAUCAGUCUCCAUUGUAUCUGCCACUGAUGCUUCAUCCUCAUCAGGCUCUAUAGCAGAGCAAAAUGAACAACCAAUUAACUGCAUUGAUCUCAUGGAGCGAAACGAUUGCCCAAAACUGUUCAAGCUUUUUGUCAAAAAUGCCAAGGAUGACGCAGCCUUACGGAUCUCGGCCUCCAAUUAUGCUGGGUCAUUGACUUUUGAACAGUACAUGGGAGAGGUGACCAUAUCCGUCUUUUUUGCCAUGGGAUUUACCAAUAUCUCAUCUAUUCGCUUUGCUAAUUUGGAUGCUGCUGUCAAUAUGGUGUCAGAUCAGCUGGAAGAUAUGCGAGUGGAGAAGAUGCCAUAUCAACUAUCUAUCGAAAAUGAUUCGUCUGAUGCAAGCUCCACAAAUGAGACUUAUGAGCAACCGUUCUUAAACCUCAUUUCAAGCUGCUUCCCUGAUGAUUCCAAUUGCAAGGAACAGGCUAAAUUCUUCCUUAAAUUCUGCAAGAAACUCUCGAAUUGUUUUGCUGCUCAAGCAAGAUACACUGGAAAUUUGAUUGCGCGAGCGGUUGUAAGGAAUAUCUUGGACACUCUUCAAGAACGUACAGAUGAAAGUCUGAGAUUAUCUGGCGGCGGAGAAAUUGAUGCUGAGAACAGAGAAGAACUGCGUCUCCUGUAUGACCAAGUCCCACCAUUCAUUCAGCACUUGGGCCUUGGUUCUCGUGAGUACUGCGAAAUUCCCAUCAGAAAGGCCAGUUGUGAGGAGCUGUGUAGCUUGAUGGUCAAACACCCUGCAGCUGUGGCCAAAAGAGAGGCCAUGGAUUAUGUUGCACUGAGUCUUACGUCCUUGACAAGGGAAGAGCAAGCGCACGCAAUCGAAUGCUUUAGUGUUGUGGUGAAACAAUUGGAUGACGUUCACAGCAGCCAUGUAAAGCGAUUCAUGAAGGAGAAUGGUGACAUUUUCAACCUCAACCUGAAAAAUCGAUGCAUGGAGUUUGGCCCUUCUUACGAGAUCUUGGAGACGAGUCGUCAACGGGGAUGGCUAAGCAGAAAGGCAAAUGAGUUGUUUGAAUUGGUCAUGACUGGGCACUUGUUCAGUCGCUUUCCUGAGCUGCGCAAGUAUGCUGCAGAUUUCCUUGUCAAGAAGUACGCUGGCCAAAAUAUUCUUCUAUCACUCUCUCAGUUUCUGUGCGAAAAUAAUGAGAACCUCAAGGAUAUGUGGAAGCCAAUUGAAGCAUUGAUUGAUAAGGUUAACCCAGAUGAUCUUGAUGAAGCCUUUCAUGCUUUGGUGCAUGAUGAGGAUCUCUCUGAUGAACACUGUUUGUACCUGAUUGAAGUUCUCAAACACUUUGGAGAGAUUGUUAAGAAGAAGAAGCUUGGCGAGUUGAAAAAGAAGUUCAAAGUACUGCUGGUCAGUAAUUUUGGCCGGCUGACCCGUCGUUUCGAGGAGAACCUGGAAGUGUUGGAGUCUCUUAAGCGAUACUCUCAGUUCAUCCCCAGCCAGAAAUUAGCCAAGGAGAAGGUCUACCUGGAGAAGUGCAUCAAGAUUCAGACCAAACAACAAAAUUUGAGUACGGAUCUGGACAAGAAGUUGAAGCUAGAUGAUCUCCCAGAGGUCAAGAAUAACAUUGUGCAGUGGAAAAAAGACCUGCCUUCCAUUAUUUCUGGCAAUGCGACCGACGAGGAAGCAUUGGAGGCGCUGGAGCAGGCAAAAUUCUGCCUUGAAAAUAUGGAAGAUGGUACUGAAGAAUUGGCUCUGAGUUGCAAGGGCAUUGUGAGAAAACUGGCCAGAUAUGUCACAUCAGAAGACGCUGAUGAAUUUGAACAGCUCAUCUUGCAAGCCCUCACAGUUGAAAAUUUAGCUUGCCACGUUUUGUUGAUUGACGAUGAAAGUGAUGAGGAGAUGGAACAGCAAUCUGAUGAUGUUCUCCCCUCCAUCAAAUCAUUCGCAAUAGGUGUUCAACGGCUCCUUCUGACUGGAUUGGGCCCUAAAGUGGGCAUAACUGCGUUGCAGUAUCUCUUUGAAAUACUCCUCCGCAGUCCUGAAGCUGUCGAAGUAGAUGAAGACUUGCUGGUAAUCAACUUGCAAAAGCUGAUUUUGAGGCCCACUGGUGAAGCGAAAAUCGGUGUGCGAAUGAGAGUUAAUGCCUUGAAAGUAAUGUGCCACAUCCAAUGCAUUAACUUAUUCAAGAAAGUUUCCGCAGAGCUGUUCCUCGCUGUUGGAGAUGACAGUUGCACGUCUAUCCAGAAGGUUGUCUGCCAGCUCUUCUUAGAGCUGUUUAUACAGGCAAUCAAAAGCAUUGCUGAGGCUGCCGAGGCUAAAGAGAAGUUAGGUUUUUCGAAGGUGCCGUUGUGUGUCUUGAUGGGAUUGUCAACAGAUGCCAUUGAAAGAGCUGAAGAGUCUACAUUGGAUGCUCUCAUUCUUCGCAUACAGCGAUCAGUUGUGCAUCUUAUGAAGGAGUUGGGCAAGAAUCGUUCCGAAAAAUUCAGGCAGGCCACUUUGAUGACGCACAAAUCGCUUUGGUUAAAAGCUAGCAAUGGUCAGAAGAAAGACGAAAUUCUACUUGCUGCAUUUGGAGCUCCGUUGGUGGGUGCUUUAACCCCCAAAGACAGAGGAGAAUUGCUGAAAAAAUUCCCGAUCUCACGUGGCGAGAAAAUUGGGAAUAAGUACUUUGGAAUUUACCACACUGCUCUAACUGAAGGAUUCCAAGAGGCGCCUAUCAAUGACUCCCCUGAUGCUCCAAUGGAAGACAUCGAAGAUGGUGAUUCGGAAGAGUACUGAUUGCAAGUUGUAUUAUGCGCAUCUCAAGUGGUUAUUGAUUUUCCCAUGUCUUUGUUCAGCACGGACACUUUUUUGUUAAUUUGAGUUUGGUUCAUGUAUUUUUCAAUUAAAAUUCUGAUAUUUAAAAGAGAUGUUAUCAAACUUAAUGCCUCUCAAUAAACAAUUCAAAUUUA